AGCGGGAAAAUAAGAACCAGCUUUUGUUGACAGACGAAGAAACAGAGAUGGCGCCAUUGCUGCAGACCUCGCAGCCCUGGGUUGAGAAAUAUCGACCGAAGCAAGUGAAGGAUGUAGCGCACCAAGACGAGGUCGUUCGAGUCCUAACCAACACUCUUGAGACUGCCAAUUGCCCUCAUAUGCUAUUUUAUGGACCUCCCGGCACUGGCAAAACCACCACGGCCCUCGCCAUUGCUCAUCAACUUUUCGGGCCUGAACUCUAUAAAUCUAGAGUAUUGGAGCUAAAUGCUAGUGAUGACCGUGGAAUUAAUGUUGUCCGAACUAAAAUAAAAGAUUUUGCUGCAGUUGCUGUUGGUUCUGGUCGUCAAGGAGGCUAUCCUUGUCCCCCUUACAAGAUCAUAAUCCUUGAUGAGGCAGAUUCAAUGACUGAAGAUGCUCAGAAUGCCCUACGACGUACUAUGGAAACAUACUCAAAAGUUACAAGAUUUUUCUUCAUUUGUAAUUACAUCAGCAGGAUUAUUGAACCACUCGCUUCUAGAUGCGCUAAGUUCAGAUUCAAGCCACUAACGGAAGAUAUUAUGAGCAACAGAAUCCUUUACAUUUGCCAAGAGGAAGGCCUUAGUCUUGAUUCAGAUGCUCUUGCAACAUUAAGUUCUAUAUCACAAGGAGAUCUCCGUAGGGCUAUAACAUACUUACAGAGUGCUGCUCGCUUGUUUGGAUCUUCUAUUUCAUCCAGAGACUUAAUUAGUGUUUCUGGGGUUAUUCCUGAGGAUGUUGUUCAGGCUCUCUAUUCAGCUUGCAGAAGUGGUAAUUUUGACCUUGCAGACAAGGAAGUCAAGAAUGUAAUAGCUGAAGGAUAUCCAGUUUCUCAGAUGCUAUCUCAGUUGUUUGAUUUAGUUGUUGAGGCAGAUGACAUAUCAGAUGAACAGAAGGCAAGAAUAUGCAAGAAAUUGGGUGAAGCAGAUAAGUGUCUUGUUGAUGGAGCAGAUGAAUAUUUGCAGCUGCUGGAUGUGGCCAGCAAAACGAUGCAAGCACUUUGUAACCUGCCACAAGAAUUAUGUUAUGAGAGUUAGGUAUGAGAAUUAGAUGGCUAAGACAUUUCGAUCUGCUAGGCUCAUUUUAAAUUAUGUGGUGCCCUUUUCUGUUUUCCAGUUUUUGUCUAAAAUAUUUGGUGUCAUUAACUUUACUAAUGAUGGUUUUGCUGCUCUUUGUUAUCUGUAACCCUAUGGCUUGCUUAAUAUAGUCCUCUUUAAUACUCUUGUGCAUUA